CCGCACACUCGUUGCGUCCAAUGCCUAAAAGUGACUCAACUUUUUCUUCCCUUUCCCCUGUUUCAUCUACACAAGUGACGUAGUCACAGAGAGUGUGUGUACAUCUCGAGAACGGGUUCACAUCUCUUACAUCCGUUGUCCUCGUCCGUUUAAACUGCUCCAACGCACUAGUCAUGGUUUGAUAAACGGCCCUCUCUGUGAUAUGACUCUCCGCCGCCAUUGAAUUUUAACCCAACUACAUCGACCUAUCCCCCUUGAACACCGUCAUUCGAUUUGCUUUCUGAGUCUUCCUGACUCCGCAGGCAUCUCGGCUGGUCGAAGAUGGAAGAACAGGUAGCGAAUGCUAUAGAAAUCGCCUGGAAUCCUUCCUCAGACCAAGCCCUCAAGGCGCAAGCCUUCGACUACCUGAACCAACUUCGUACCGACCCUUCGGGAUGGCAAGUGUGCCUCGCGCUUUUCACAAAGACCCCCCAACACUCCGAGAUCAUACGGCAUGUAGCACUAGAGGUGGUCAACAGCGCCGCCCAGGCUGGACUGAUUGACCUUCAGGCUUUAGGGUAUGUCCGGGACGGCUUAUUGACCUACCUCCGCCAGGUCUAUGGACAGGAAACCGCAAACCCAGAUCCCCCCAAUAUUCAGAACAAAAUCGCCCAAACGAUUACCUUCCUCUUCUCCGCCCUCUACGGUAGCGGUUGGGAGUCUUUCUUCGAUGAUCUCCUGAGCUUGACAUACAAGGAUGGCUCCAGCACGCCCGACAAUGCGCUGGGCAUCAUAUUUUACCUCCGGGUUGUCAAUUCAAUCCAUGAUGAAAUCGGUGAUGUUCUCGUGUCAAGAUCUCGUACGGAACAGGAUAGGGCAAACUCGCUGAAGGAUCUGAUCCGGAUGAGGGACAUGCAAAAGAUCGCAAACUCGUGGCAACAAAUCUUGUCUGGAUGGCGGGACGGCAACGACGUGAUCGUAGAAAUGUGUCUGAAGGCGGUGGGCAGCUGGGUGAGCUGGAUCGAUAUCGGUCUUGUGGUCAACCAGACAAUGCUUGAUCUCCUGUUCCAGCAACUGGCUCGGGCACAGAAAGCGGAGCUCCGGGCGGGGGAGGAGAAGGUUCGGGAUGCGGCUGUCGACGUUUUCACGGAAAUUAUCGGCAAGAAGAUGAAGCCGGAAGAUAAGAUUGAUAUGAUUAUAUUCUUGAAUCUUGACACCAUCGUGUCUCAGCUUUCCAACAGCCCCCCUCUUUGUGAGAAUAGGUUUACCUUCAAAUACGAUACAGAUCUGGCGGAGACAGUGGCGAAGCUAGUCAACAGUACAGUGGCUGAUAUUGUACGGGCUUUGGAACAGGAGAACAUCUCCGCGGAAUGCAGGGAGAAGGCCAAUGGGCUUCUGCAGGCGUUUCUUCCGCACAUUCUCAGGUACUUCUCUGAUGAGUACGAUGAGGUCUGCUCGACCGUCAUUCCCUGUGGCGGUGAUCUUCUUCAAUACCUGAGAAAGGUAUCCAAGACCGAUCCUUCUUUCACUGCACAGCAUACCCCCAUCCUACUCCCUAUCUUGAAAGCCAUCAUUGCCAAGAUGCGAUACGACGACACCUCAUCCUGGGGCGACGAGGAUGACCAAACCGACGAGGCGGAAUUUCAGGAACUCCGCAAACGACUAGCCGUUAUGCAGCAAACGGUCGCCACGGUCAACGAACAGCUCUACGUAGACGCCGUUUCGGAGGUGGUUGCGACAACCUUCGAGAACCUACGGCAGUCGGGUGCGCAGCUGGACUGGCGUGAUUUGGACCUUGCCCUACAUGAAAUGUUCCUCUUUGGCGACAUUGCUGUGAAGGCAGGCAGUCUCUACAACAAAGGUCAACCCAACAAUCAGGCAGCCGAACGACUUAUCGAGAUGAUGUUGAGGAUGGUAGAAUCUGAUAUUCGGUCCUUCACACAUCCGGCGACCCAAUUGCAAUACAUGGAAAUUUGUGUCCGUUACAGUUCAUUCUUCCUGUAUCACACCCAUCUCAUCCCCGGUGUAUUGGAAAGCUUCCUUCAACUUGUUCAUCAUCCCACCAAGAAGGUGAAGACCAGAUCCUGGUAUCUUUUCCAGCGUUUAGUCAAGCAAUUGAGAAACCAUAUUGGCAACGUUGCACACACAGUUGUUCAAGCUCUAGGCGACCUGUUGGUGAUACAAGCGGAAAUUUCUACCGAGGGUUCUGAUGGUGAUGAGAUGUCCUCGGAGGAUCAUGAAGGGUCCGCCGACGCUGUUUUCAACAGCCAGCUCUAUCUAUUCGAAGCGGUUGGCAUCAUUUGCUCCACUCCGACCGUCCCUGCCGACAAGCAAGUCAUGUAUGCGCAGUCGGUACUAAACCCUGUGUUCAUGGACAUGGAGAAGCACCUGGCACCGGCGAAGUCCAACGAUGAAAGAGCGUUGCUGCAAAUACAUCACGACAUCAUGGCCCUCGGAACACUAGCGAGGGGCUUCUCGGAUUGGAUGCCCGGAACCAGCUCGCCAAACUCGCUGCCGGCGCCGGAAGUGUCCGAGGCAUUCUUGCAGGUGUCUGAGGCUACUCUCGUUGCUCUGGAAUCCCUUAAAACCUCGUUCAACGUUAGAACAGCUGCUCGGUUUGCCUUCUCCAGACUUAUCGGUGUCCUUGGCUCUCGGAUUCUUCCACAGCUCCCGAGGUGGAUCGAUGGCCUCAUUACCCAGACUUCGACUCGGGAUGAGAUGGCUCUUUUCUUGCGUCUCUUGGACCAAGUUAUCUUCGGGUUCAAGAGCGAAAUUUACACUAUUCUUGACGCCUUGUUGACACCCUUUUUACAACGGGUGUUCUCCGGAAUCGCCGAGCCCACUACCGGUACCGAUGACGAGAUUCAACUCGCGGAGUUGAAACGAGAAUACCUAAACUUCUUGUUAGCAGUUUUGAACAAUGAUCUGGGUGCUGUGAUCAUUAGUGAGAGAAACCAACCCAUGUUUGAUACCGUCAUCACCACCAUCGAACACUUCGCCAAGGAUGUCGAGGACUUUACCACCGCGAAGAUGGCCUUCUUGGUGCUCUCCAAGAUGGGUAGCUCCUGGGGCGGUCCCGAUGUCGCACCAGAGGCAGCGAACGGCACCGCGCAGGUUGCUCUGCCUGGAUUCGGACAGUUCAUGAUCAGCCGAAUGUCGCCAUUAUGUUGGGCACUUCCCGCCACCCCGUCCUUCAAUCCCAAAGACGCACAGGCCAAGCAGGUUCUCGCCGAAGCCGGUGGAUUGCAGCGCACCAUCUAUUGCAAGACCGGCAUGGAGUAUAUCCAGUAUCUUCGGGGCCAGGAAUUGCCUGGUAUGGGAAUGGGUGCCGAACUCAUAGAGGAGUUCUUGAACGCAUUGAGCCGGCUAGACGUGAAGGGAUUCCGGCAGUUCUUCCCGUCCUUUAUCCAGCGAUUGAGCGCAUAAUCCUUUUGCAUUUCAUAUAUUCUUUUCCCCUAUGCUCCUCGAUCAUUCUCACUGUUUUUUCUUCCUCUUAGAUUCCCCCACGGUUUGGUGUGAUGACUGAUGUUCUCAUGUGAUCAUUUUACACUGAUAGCUCUGUCGCCGGCAAAUUCCUGUCAUAUUGCAAAACAAAGAAAAACGAAAAGGUAUAUAGUUCGUGAUGCGUACUUGCAUACAUCAGGCGUUGAUUACCGAGCAUAAUCACUGCCUUUAUUCAGCACAGCGGAAAAGCGCAAAAAAGACAUUCCAUUUCCAUAUAACGAAGCCGAAAAUCCUUAAGAAAAGCAAUGAGAGGGUGGCGUGUUAUGGUCGAGGCAGCGGACAGGGGUGGGUGUAGGGGGUGUUGGUUGAUUGAUUGAUUGAUACCUGUCGAGCUCAACAGAUAUGGGACCUUUUUACUGCCAUCUUUGGAUUUCUACGAACCAUAUGGAGGCG